AUGGGAGCAAGAAGAAAUAGGAUGAGAGGGCGAGGUAGGAUCCAAGGCCUUGGCAAGAAUGCUGUCCAAGAGGUCAAAGAGAUCAAGAAGGAAGAGAAGCAAGAGGGGAAGUUCAAUGUUGACUUCCAGGAGCUCAGCAGGGAGUUGUCUACGAUUGAGCUGAAGGAGGAGAAUGAAAAGUGCUCUGAUGGAAGUGAGGAGAGUUACAUGAAGGACUCUUGCGUCGGAGAUAGAGGUGAGCAGAUUAGAGAGACGGAUGCCAAAGAGGUGGCAGGCGAGAGUGUUAAUGUUUCUGAAGAGGAAAGCAAGAUAGUAGGGACACGGGAUGACGUGGUGAAUGCAGCAAGGAUGCCCCAGGCUCUUCAUUCGGUGACGCCCAAUGUAUUGACUACUGUUAUACCUCAGACACCGGUGAGAAGGGUGCUUCACGAAGAGGGAAGCAAUCUCCUUGUCAAGGAGGAGGGGCUGAUGUUUCCCAGCAAGAUGAUUAUCAACAGGUAUCCAGGGCAUCUAUUUAUUCACAUAGAUGAGGUGGAAAGAUUCAUGACAUCUAGGAAGGAUGUGGAGAGUGUAUCCAUUAAGAUUGAAUCGAAAGAGACUUUGUGCGAGACAAAGAGAUAUCCUGUGCAGCCUGAUGUGGGGAUCAAUGAGAUGCUGCGAGUUCCGAUCAGCAGGGUGGAGAACGGAGGGAUGCCACUGAGAUUCAUACUUCUGUUGCAUCAUAAAUCAGGGCGUGUGACGAAGUCGUGUGAAACUGUGCUUACAGUUGACAGUAACCGGAUCCGAUCAGUACACAACAACCUUCUUGAAAGCCGGCUGGGAUGGGACAACUAUGUAUCGAGGAACCUAUUCAAGAGCAUAAAGAGCUUCUUCACAAGUGGAGCACCAGAUGCAUGGAGCCUCAAGGUCUAUCUGUCAUUUAUAUCAGAGGAUGAGCUCAGGCUGAUUCCUGCGCCUCUUCCCCAGGACCUUAAAUCCCUUAGCAAGUGGCUGGUGGUAAAGAAGUUUUCAUACAACAUAUGGUUCAGGGGAUUUGUGAAUAUCAGGGGAGAUGCUGGAAAGGCAUGCACCAACCUGUGGAAGAGAAGAUAUGUAAGGUGCUAUGGAUAUAUGAUCUUUGUGUUUAACGAGCACUCCCGGAGUCUUAUUGGCACGAUAAGCCUUGUGGAUGCAUGUUUCGACCCAAGCACAAACAACAAGGUGUAUCUAGAAAACUUCCUUCGGAUCAGUAUUGGGCAGAGUGCUGUUGAGCUGCACUUCGACACAAAAGACAAGUACAACACAUGCAGGAAUGCACUGACCAUGAUGCUUCCGCAAUCAUUAUUUCACAAGAAGGAGUAG